UUUCAAAGCUGGAAAAAUGUCACGCCGCUUCUCGGACGAAAAAUUGAAUUCAAGAGCUAAAAUAUUGGAUAUAAUGAAUCCUAGUGGCCGUAUUUUACCCAAAAGAACCACAGUUGAAUUUAGUAAAAAAGUUCAAGUUAAAAGGAUAAAAGGUGAAAAAUCUACUUCAGAAGCAGGAAGUUCACAUGGUAUUAAAACCGGAGCCUCAUUAAUACCCGAUUUGAAUGUAACAGUGGAACGUAUGCGUAAUAUGCCCGAUGAUCGUUUUAUUUAUUUGACUUAUAUGCUGCCGAAGACAAGCGAAUAUUUUACACCCUACAGUCUGCAAGAGUAUACAUGGGAUAAUUUACCCAAUAAAUUGUUAUACUUUACUAUGAGUCGUCAUGGUGUAACCUAUUGGCAUUUGUCGGAGAAUUUCUUCACUCCUCUGUUGCAGUGGCAACAAGAAUUUCAACAAUUCUUGAGUAUUAUAAAAAUACGAACAUUUGCUGUUUUUCGCAUAUGGAAAGGAUUUAAAGUGUGGGAAAAAACCGUGAAAUGGAAGAAGCAAAAUCAAGCUCGCCAGAAUCUACAAGAACGACUUUUUAUAGCCAUACCUCACUUGGCCAAGGCCAUUCUUAAGUUACGUAGUGAAAUUGUGUUUUUGGAAAAGAGCAAUUUUAUUAAUGUGGGAGUUAUCGAGGAAUGGCAUCCAUUCUAUUUUCUGGAAGUCCAAAUGAAAAUCUAUGAAAGUUUAACCGUUACAUUAAGAGACUUUCGGGAGCGUAUGAAACAAAUAUUGUAUGAUGCCUGCCUUAAGGCUAUAAUCGAUCGUGGUUUCUUUCCCAAUGAUGAGAUCAAUUACUAUCCCUCCGUUAAGAAAAUGCGCGAUGCUAUGAGUUUUAUGGAUCGGGCUAAAAAGCGUAACUUUUGCAAAAUCCUCUCCAACUUCCUUAGCUACUGUGAUCACAUGAUGUAUCACUUAUUCCAUCAAAUUACUGCCAACAGUUUUCGCGACUUAGUUGAAGCUAUGAAAAUCCAUGAUGCCUUAGGUCCUAGCCUAAAAAUUUUAAAUGAAAAUUUAACUUUGCACGAGCAAUUAGAGCCAGCACGACCUGAAAAUUCACCUCAGAAUCCAUUUUUUAUAGCGGAUUUUCAUUUACUACCAGAUCGUAUUGAAAUUGAACCAUCUGAAGAUGCCAUGAAGCACAUUUUUAACCGCAUAUCGACUUUAAUAUUGGAAACCGUGACUGAGAUAGAAAAUUUCACCGAUGAUAAAAUUUAUUUCCAAUUUACGGAACCCUCUAUAAUGGGACGUCAAGAGGAGAGAUUAGCUGGUGUAGCGCCAGAUUUAAGUUUUCUUCUUAGAACCGAUAAAGAAUUUCAAUUUAAUCGAAAAAUAAUUUACACCUUUAUAAGAUUGGCCUAUGAAAAGGCUAAAAUAUACACUUUACGAUUUGAAACCAUACGUACCAAUUAUGAAGUGGAUACACAUACCGAUCCGAAUACUAUUAAAAAUGAGAAAGAUCUUACGGUAUUAAGAGCCUAUUGUGAACGUUACUGCAAUAAUGUAAAAGCCUUAGAUGGUAUAUUAACCAAUGUAAAUCUGGGUUUAUUAAAACUAACCCAGGGAAGCUUUAAGGAAACCGUUACACCGGUCUGUGUUAAAUUGCAAAAUGUCCUAGCCACCUAUUUGCCCAAAUUGGCUACAGAUCAAAUAGAACGCAUAUCCGAAGAAACUCGCGAACUAUCUGCCCGCAUUUUAGCUGAACCUCUAACUUCACUAGAGUUAGUGGCUCAUAUAAGAUAUCUCGAUGUUGUUGAUGCUGAAAUGGAAGUACUUUUCAAAGAAGUUGACUAUGCCCAUGAUGUCUUUAUUAUCAUCAAAGAUUAUGCCAUACCCAUCGAUGAUGAACGUAAAGAGGAUUAUAUGGAUUGUGAAGAUUUUGUUAAUCGUACAAAUGAUAAAUUAAAAGAAGUACAAGCUAAAAAAGAUCAGUUUAUUAAGCAAUUAGAGGAGAUCAUGAACAAGGAUAUACAACAGAUAUUUGAAGAAACACAUGAGGUUUAUUUGGAAACACAGGACUCAAGUCUUUUAGAUAAAAAUUCUAAUCGUCAAUUUGUAAAAUCGAAAUUAAAUGGUCUUCUGGAACGUUUGCAAAACUUACAUGAACGUGCUGCUGAAUUUAUAGGAUAUCAGAAGGAGUUUAAGAUUGACAUUACCAUGUACACCGAAAUGGAUCAAACAUUUACCGAAAUACGUUUACGUCAAAAUCUCCAUAACUCUGUAGAAGAAUGGGAAGAAGCCUAUAAACGUUGGACUACUUUAGAAUUCAAUAAGUUGGUUGUCAAUGAAAUGGUGGAUUUAACUAUAAAAACAAUUAAGAAUUGCAUGCAAUUUGAAAAAUAUCUACCAGCCAAUAAUAUACUACCCGAACUAAAACAAGCUGCAGAAGAUUUCAAAUUGAAAUUACCAGUAAUUGGCUAUCUUAGGAAUAAUAACUUUAGAGCGCGUCACUGGACCGAUAUCGAAACCGUGUUGGGUCGAAAAUUCUUUCAAGAAGAAAAUAUAUUUUUAUCAACUUACGAGGAACAGCAUGCUUUUGAUGAAGAUAUAGCCAAUUCUUUAAUGGAAAUAUCUUCACAAGCCACUGGUGAAGCACAACUUGAGAAUAUGUUGAAAAGUAUUGAAGGUGUUUGGAAGGAACAAGAACUUUCCAUUGUCAUUUAUCAUGAUCAAAAGGAUGUCUUCAUUUUGGCCGGUACCGAGGAAUUACAAACCAUUUUAGAUGAUUCAAAUGUUAAUAUAAAUACUAUAGCUGCUUCGAAAUAUGUGGCACCUAUUAAAAAUAAGGUUGACACAUGGAUAUCGUUGCUGGAACAAUUUGGAAAAACUUUGGAGGUCUGGAUGGAUUGUCAAACAUCUUGGAUUUAUUUAGAGGCUAUAUUUGCCUCACCAGAUAUACAAAGGCAAUUGCCUCAGGAGGCCAAAAUGUUUUUUGUAGUCGAUAAAAGCUUUAAAGAACUAUUGCGUACAGCCAAAAAGGUUUCCCUAGCUUUGCCGGUAAUGUCUUCCAAAGAUAAUUAUGACAUACUUAAGGAAAAUAAUCGACUUUUGGAUUUAAUAACUCGAGGUUUAGAGGCGUAUCUUGAAGUCAAGAGAGUAGUAUUUCCUAGAUUUUAUUUUCUCUCCAAUGGAGAACUUCUCGAAAUUUUGGCACAAACACGCAUACCACAAGCUGUACAGCCACAUUUGCGCAAAUGUUUCGAUGCCAUACAUCGUCUAGAAUUCGGUCAAAAGGAUGAUGGUACUGGUCAUAUGAUACCCACCAAUGAUAUUUUGGCAUUUAUAUCUCCCGAAGGUGAAAAACUAUUCUUUCAGAAAGGUUUAAAAGCUCGAGGUGCAGUGGAGGAAUGGUUAAGUAAAGUGGAGGAGGGCAUGUUUGCUUCGGUCAAACGUGCCAUGCGUUUUGGUUAUCAAUGUUAUCCGAAUAAGGAACGUGAUGUCUGGUUUCAAGAUCAUCCAAAUCAAGUGGCUUUAACCAUUUCUCAACAGCAAUGGGCCAGCGAUAUUCAUGCGAUUUUAGAUAAUCCUCUUAAUGAUGAAAAUAAAAUUGUUGGUCUAAUGAAACAAUUCGAAACGAAGUGCUUGAAGAAUCUGGCCGCCUUAGCGGCCUUAACUAGGCAGAAUAUUACAAGUUUGGUUAGGAAAGUUUUGACUGCAUUGAUUACUAUUGAUGUACAUGCUAAAGAUUCUGUAAGAAUGCUGAUUGACAAACAUGUUGUAAAAUCUUCCGAUUUUGAUUGGUUAAAAAUGUUACGUUUCUAUUGGUUACCCGAAACAGAUACCGUUUAUUCACGAAUGACUUCGGCUACCAUACCGUAUUACUACGAAUAUUUAGGUGCUGGCGGUGUAUUAGUUUUGACACCUCUCACCGAUCGUUGUUAUUUAUGCCUAAUGGGUGCCAUACAAAUGGAUUUAGGUGGUGCUCCUGCUGGUCCAGCGGGAACGGGUAAAACUGAAACAACAAAAGAUUUAGCAAAAUCUGUAGCUAAGCAAUGUGUGGUAUUCAAUUGUUCUGAUGGUUUGGAUUACAAAAUGAUGGGUCGCUUUUUCUCGGGCUUGGCCCAAUGCGGUGCAUGGUGUUGUUUCGAUGAGUUCAAUCGUAUCGACAUUGAGGUGCUGUCGGUUAUAGCCCAACAACUAAUAACCAUAAGAAAUGCUAAAGUUAUCAAUGCUAAAAGAUUUAUUUUCGAGGGACGAGAAAUAAAACUCAAUAAAUCCUGUGCUGUUUUCAUAACCAUGAAUCCGGGCUAUGCUGGCCGUACUGAACUUCCCGACAAUUUGAAAGCUCUAUUUCGUCCUAUAUCUAUGAUGGUACCCGAUUAUGCUCUUAUUGCUGAAGUCAUUCUCUACUCGGAAGGUUUUGAGGAUCCCAAGAAUUUAGCCCAAAAAAUGGUACAAAUGUAUAAACUUUGUUCCGAACAACUAAGCCAACAAAAUCAUUAUGAUUUUGGCAUGCGUGCUGUAAAAUCGGUGCUUAUUAUGGCAGGGGCUUUGAAAAGAGCCUCACCCGAUCAAAGGGAAGAUAUAACACUAAUUGCUGCUCUUAAAGACUCAAAUAUUCCGAAAUUUUUAGUAGAUGAUGCCAUACUCUUUUUGGGCAUACUUAGUGAUUUGUUUCCGGGAGUCGACUUACCCGAUUCCUCACAUCCUCAACUACAAGAAAGUAUUGUAUUGGGUUUGGCGCAAAAGAAUUUGCAACCUGUUAAUGCCACUUUACGCAAAUGUAUACAACUUUAUGAGACCAUGUGCGUAAGAUGGGGUGUAAUGUUGGUGGGUCCUACGGGAGGUGGUAAAUCGACGGUAUUGCAUGCUUUAGAAUUUGCUCUAGGACAUUUAUAUGAAACUGAAGUGUCCGGUCCUCACUUUAGACCGGUUACCAUACAAUGUAUGAAUCCCAAGGCGGUAUCAAUGAAUGAACUAUAUGGUUAUGUUAAUCCUAAAACUUUGGAAUGGCAGGAUGGUCUGCUAGGUUUGGCGGUGAGAACGGCAGUUAAUGUAGAAGAUGAAAUUCAUCAAUGGAUUGUUAACGAUGGACCGGUAGAUGCUGUUUGGAUUGAAAACUUAAAUACAGUGCUGGACGAUAAUAAAAUGCUUUGUUUGGCCAAUUCGGAACGCAUUAAACUUACUGCCUGGGUACACAUGGUAUUCGAAGUUCAAGAUCUGGUACAAGCCUCUCCAGCCACCGUAUCACGUUGUGGCAUGGUCUAUGUGGAUCCCGAUGAUCUUGGCUGGGUACCUUUAUUAGAUUCAUGGAUAUCAGGACCCAUUACAAAGAAAAUACAGGAAGCACAAUUAAAAUAUUUAUAUAGUUUAUUCACCGAAAACUUUAAAACUAUUUUGGAUUUGGCUAGAAAGUAUGGAUCGUUUCUUAUAGCUCAAGUAACCUGUUCCAAAGUGUGUCUGUGUUUGGAAUUAUUGUUUUCUUUAAUAGAACAAAUAAAUUGGCAUGAUUUCAAAGAAGAUGAAUAUAAAACUUUACUAAAUAAAAUGUUUAUAUGGUGUAUUCUUUGGUCUCAAUCAUCCAAUUUUCGUGAUCAAGAGAAAUUGGUCUUUGAGCAGUUUUUAAAGCAACACAUGGCUACGAAAGAGCAUGUAAAUUUCCCUGAGGAAGGUUGUCUUUGGGACUACAGAAUUAAUAUGCAAACUCGUAAUUGGGAAUCUUGGUCUGCAAUUGUGGAUACGUUUGUUUUCAAUCGUGAUGAUAAAUAUUUCGAUAUGCAAGUUCCUACUGUUGACACUACCAAAUAUGGAUAUGUUACAGAAUUACUAUUGCAACGCAAAUAUCCAGUAAUGUUCACUGGUGACACGGGCGUGGGUAAAACAGUUUUGGCUGUUACCACUCUAAAAAAGCUUUUACAGAAAUCGGUGGUGCCGGUGCAAAUAAAUUUCUCCGCCCAAACUAGCAGCAUACGCACCCAAGAAAUGAUAGAAGGUCCUUUAGAGAAACGUAAACGUAAUCAGUUAGGUGCUCCUAUAGGAAAAACUGUUAUAGUCUUUAUUGACGACGUUAAUAUGCCCAAAUUGGAUACUUAUGGCAGUCAACCAGCCAUUGAGCUAUUAAGACAAUUUUUAGAUUUUAAGGGAUUUUAUGAUCGUGAGAAAUUAUUUUGGAAAGAAAUUGUAGAUGUAGUUUUGGGUUGUGGUUGUGCACCACCGGGUGGAGGUAGAAAUCCCUUAACACCACGUUUUGUAAGACAUUUUGCUUUACUCGCACUGCCCAAACCAAAUGAUGAAAUUUUAACCACAAUUUUCGAUGGCAUUUUAACGGGAUUUUUAAGUGAAUUCUCUUCGGUUAUACGCCCACUUUCUACGCCCAUUGUCAAUGCCUGUGUUGAUGUUUAUAUGCGCAUAGCCAAGGAAAUGUUACCCACGCCGGAUAAGUCACAUUAUAUAUUUAAUUUAAGAGAUCUUUCCAAAUGCAUACAGGGCAUUUUACAGGCCAGCAGUCUGCACUACAACAUGGAAAUGCAAAUUUUGCGUUUAUUCUAUCACGAAACAACAAGAGUCUUUCACGAUCGUUUGAUUAAUGACGAUGACAAAAAUUCCUUUAAAACUAUUAUGCGUGAGGUGUGUCUGAAACAUUUUAACAAAGAGGUCUAUAGGGACGAAGAACCUCCCAUAUUAUAUGGUGAUUUCAUGGUUUUUGGUAAACCCAAAGCUGAUCGUGUUUAUGAAGAGAUUAAAGAUCCCGCCAAAUUGGAAAGUAUUUUAAUGGAUUAUGUUGAGGAUUAUAAUUCAAUGACAGGAAAGAGAAUGAAUCUGAUAUUAUUCCAAGAUGCUUUAGAACAUACCGUUAGAUUGGCACGUUUGUUGAGGAGUGAUCGUGGUAAUGGUUUAUUGGUAGGCGUGGCAGGUAUGGGUAAGCAGUCAUUGACGAAAUUGGCAGCUCAUGUUAAUGAGUAUAAAUGUAUGCAAAUUGAACUAAAGCGUAAUUAUGAUAUUAAUGGUUUUCAUGAGGAUUUAAGAAAUAUUUAUCGACAUGCGGGCAUUGAUAAUACCCCAGUAGUUUUUCUUAUGAUCGAUACACAAAUUGUUGAAGAGGAAUUUUUGGAAGACAUUAAUAAUCUCUUAAAUUCCGGUGAAGUACCUAAUCUAUUCGAAGGCGAUGAUUAUGAAAAGAUAAUAUUGGAUGCCCGUGAACCCUGUAAUGCCGCAAUGAAAGAUGGUUGUAGUCGCGAUGACAUCUAUAAAUUCUUUAUAAAUCGAGUGCGUAAUAAUUUGCAUGUGGUACUAUCCAUGUCGCCAGUAGGUGAUGCAUUUCGUCGCAGAUGUCGCAUGUUUCCUUCGCUGGUGAACUGUACCACCAUAGAUUGGUUUUCCAAUUGGCCCACGGAAGCUUUAUAUUCAGUAGCUUUGGGACUAUUAACGAAAACCACUUCAACGCCACAACAAUGUCAAGCUUUGGCCACAACAACUGUGUUCAUACAUAAGACCGUGGAAGAGGCUUCAGAACGUUUUUACAAAGAAAUGAAACGUCAUUAUUACACUACGCCCAGUAGCUAUUUGGAACUUUUAAAACUAUAUCAAAGUUUAUUGAAAAAUAAAAGUGAAGAGAUUAAAAAUAAACGCAAAAGAAUUUUAAAUGGUUUAAAUAAGAUAUUGGAGACCAAUGAUAUAAUAACUGUCAUGCAAAAAGAACUGGAGGUCAUGGUUCCACAACUGGAUGAAAAAUCGGCCAAUAUGAAGUCUUUAUUGGAAAGAUUAGCUGUCGAUACUAAACUGGCCGAUCAGGUCAAAGAGAGUGUUAUGCGCGAUGAGGCUAAUGCCAAAGAAAAGGCGGGUAUAUGUCAAGCCAUGUCCGAUGAUGCCAAUAAAGAUUUAGAAAUUGCUAUGCCCGCUUUGAAAGAAGCGGAAGAUGCCCUAAAAGGUUUAACCAAGGCUGACAUAAAUGAGUUGAAAUCUUUUACCACACCACCAGCUUUAGUGCAAUUUGUUAUGGAAGCUGUUUGCAUACUAUUGGGAGCUAAACCAACCUGGGCUUCUGCUAAGGGUAUUAUGGCGGAUGUGAAUUUUAUAAAGAGACUUUUUGAAUUCGAUAAAGAACAUAUUAAAGAAGAGACUUUGAAAAAAGUUAAGAAAUAUAUAAGUCACAAAGAUUUUGUGCCCGCUAAAUUCGAAAAAGUUUCAAAAGUAGCGAAAUCGGUUAGUUUAUGGGUCAUAGCCAUGGAUAAGUUUGCCAAAGUAUAUAAAGUAGUGGAACCCAAAAUCAGACGCAAAGAACUUGCAGAAUCCGAACUUAAAGAAGUAAUGGCCAUUCUAAGAACCAAACAGCAAGAAUUGGCCUCUGUAGAAGCAAAAAUUCAGACUCUUAAAGAUAAUAUCGAUCAGAAAAGUCGUGAAUUUCAAGUUAUACAAGAUGCGGUUGAUCUAACUUAUGGUCGUAUAAAUAGAGCAGGACGUUUAACGUCAGCUUUAUCAGAUGAGGAAGUAAGAUGGAAAGAAACGGUUCAGGCUUUAACACUGGAACUUGAGUGCGUACCAGGAGAUGUUCUAGUAGCUGCUGCGUGUGUAGCUUAUAUGGGAGCAUUUUCCACCGAAUAUCGCAAUGAACUGUGCGCCCAAUGGGUGGACAAGUGCCGGGAACAAAAAAUUGCUUCUAGUAGUGAAUUUCAUUUACUUAAAGUUUUGGGUGAUGCUUAUGAAAUACGUCAAUGGACUGUCGACGGCCUACCGAAAGAUGACAUCUCCGUAGAAAAUGGUCUCUAUGCCACACGAGCCCUACGCUGGCCUCUUAUGAUCGAUCCCCAAGAACAAGCCAAUCGUUGGAUUCGAAAUAUGGAGAAACAUAAUAAUUUACACAUUUUGAAAAUGACCGAUGGAAAUUUAUUGCGUAUUAUAGAGAAUUGUAUACGACAGGGUUAUCCCAUACUUUUGGAAGAUAUAAGUGAAAAUAUUGAUCCCUCCAUUAGACCGGUGUUGCAGCGUGAAACUUAUGUCUUUGAGGGUAGAACUUAUCUAAAACUUGGCGAUGUUAUAAUCGAUUAUGAUGAACAUUUCAAAUUGUACAUGACAACAAAAUUGGCUAAUCCACACUAUUUGCCAGAAAUAUGCAUUAAUGUGACGUUGGUUAACUUUUUGGUUACGGAAAGUGGUUUGGAAGAUCAACUGUUAUCCGAUAUUGUAGCAAUUGAACUUCCCGCCUUAGAAAUACAACGAAAUGAUUUAAUUGUUAAAAUCAAUACUGAUAAGCAGCAAUUGUUAGCUUUGGAAGACAAGGUUCUUAAGCUUUUAUUCAAUUCUAAGGGCAAUAUUUUGGACGAUGAGGAAUUGGUGGAAACUCUUAAUGAUGCCAAGGAAACUUCCUUAAUAAUUGCCACCCGUUUAGUGGACACUGAAGAAACUGAAAAAGUCAUAACCGCCACUAGAGAAAAAUAUCGCAAUUUAGCCUCUCGCGGAGCUAUACUAUAUUUUGUAGUUGCCAGCCUGGCUGACAUAGAUCCCAUGUAUCAAUAUAGCUUAAAAUAUUUCUUACAGAUCUUUUGUGCCGUUAUACGUUUGGAUCAUCCUAAAAUGAGUACAGAAGAGCGCAUAGAACAAUUGAAAUUGGACGAACUAAAGGCUAUCUAUGAUAAUGUCUCGAGGGGACUAUUUGAAAAUCAUAAAAUUAUAUUUAGUUUUCUUUUAUCACUCGCUAUAGAGAGACAAGAAGGACGUGUAAGUCAGCAAGAGUUUAAUUUCUUAACUCGAGGAGUUGUUGGUUCUGUAAGGGAGAAAUCCAAGCCAACGCAUAUUAAGUUAAGUGAUUUCGAAUGGGAGGCCUGUUUGUUUUUGGAUGAAAAUUUUGCAACAUUUAAAGGAUUUUCGGAGAAAUUGCAUAUGCCAUUCUUCUUAGAAAUUGAUGAUAAUCGAGAGGUUUUCAGAUUCUCGGAUAAUGAGUCCUCAUCUACGGUCAGCGAUUAUUGGAAUAAUAGACUUAACAAUUUCCAAAAACUUAUGUUUAUACGAAUUUUUAGAAGAGAAAGAUUUUUGUUGAAUGUGGUGGUUUAUUUAAGGGCAACCAUAGGCCGCUAUUUUACCGAAGUUUCAGCAGCCGGAAGUCAACUUAAAGUUGUUUUCCUAGAUACUUCCAACAUAACACCCCUAAUUUUUGUCUUGUCUAGUGGUUCUGAUCCCAUGGCAAAUUUCCUUAGAUUUGCCGAAGAUAUGAAAUAUAUGGAUAAAUUUUAUUCCAUUUCAUUGGGUCAGGGACAAGGGCCAGUUGCCGAAAGUUUAAUAGACAAGAGUUUACGUUUAGGUCAUUGGGUGUUUUUGCAAAAUUGCCAUUUAGCCACUUCUUGGAUGGGUCAAAUGGAAAAUAUUGUGCGUAACAUAACUUUGGGAGUUACCAAAGCCCAUGAAAACUUUCGCCUUUUUCUGUCGUCCAUGCCACAAAAAAGCUUUCCCAUAAGUGUGUUACAAAACUCGGUUAAAGUCACAAAUGAACCGCCCAAAGGUAUUAAAGCGAAUAUUAUGGGUGCUUUAGCCGAUAUCAAUGUGGACUACUUUGAGCAGCAUGUGCUCCAAGAAAAAUGGCGUGCUAUAGUAUUUGGUCUUUGUGUAUUCCAUGCCGUGCUGCUGGAAAGACGCAAAUUCGGUGCCUUGGGCUGGAAUAUAACGUAUGAGUUUAAUGAAAGUGAUCGUGAAUGUGGUCUUAAAAUACUAGACUUUUUCAUUGGUCGCCAGAAGGCCCAAAAAAUACCUUGGGAAGCUAUUUACUAUAUCAAUGGUGACAUUACUUGGGGCGGUAGGGUAACCGAUUCGUGGGAUUUGCGUUGCUUGAGAACGAUAUUAAAAAUGUUUACAUUUGACAAAAUACUAGAUCCUGAUUACAAAUAUUGUCGUGGAGAUCCGUAUUACCGUGAUCCUAGGAAAAAUACUAUACUAGAAUAUCAGGAAUAUGUACAAAAUUUUCCUACCUUAGAGGAUCCGGAAAUAUUUGGCAUGCAUGAAAAUGCCAAUUUAGUGUUUCAAACGAAAGAAACAAAUUUUUUUAUUAAUACACUGCUAGUGGGUCAGCCAAGAUCAGCAGCCGACGAGGGUCAAGCUCAAGAGAAUGACUUAUGCUUGGAGGUAAUUUCGAAAAUACAAGAAGUUUUAGCGGAAAAAAUUAAUAAAGAAAAUUUACAUCCGGACUUACUAAAGAUUGAUGCUAAAGGUCAACAGCCUUCCUUAACCACCGUCUUGGUUCAAGAAAUUGAUCGUUAUAAUAAUUCUCUGCGUUUGGUGCAUACCAGCCUCAUUGAUUUACGCAAAGCCAUUAAGGGUUUAGUGGUAAUGUCUGAGGAAUUAGAGGAAGUUUUUCAAGCUCUAUUGGCAAAUUUGGUACCAAAAUUGUGGGAAAAGAAAAGUUUUCUUUCCAUUAAACCACUGCCCAGUUAUAUAGCUGAUUUUCAGAGACGUAUAGAUUUCAUACAAAACUGGGCGGUUAGCGGUAAUCCAAAAUCCUUUUGGAUAAGUGGUUUUUAUUUUCCUCAAUCAUUUCUAACCGGUGUAUUGCAAACACACGCUCGUAAACGGGUCUUGCCAAUCGAUGAAUUAAAGAUAGACUUUCAAGUACUGGAAAAUAUAUUAAUACAGCAGACUUUCUUCGAGAGAAGACUCAACAAUCAACCAGUUGAGGAUUUAUAUGGCAAUAUGCCCGAGUCCUCUGAAGCAGGCGUAAAUGUUCAUGGCAUAUUUGUAGAGGCAGCAGAGUGGCGCAAAUCGGAGGGCGGUUUAUGUGAUGCUAAAGUUGGUAUCUUAUAUUCCAGAUUACCAGCCAUACGUUUUAUACCCUGCCUAAAACUAGAUGCUGCUGAACGCUAUGAGGCACCACUUUAUAAAACCCAAGCUAGAUCGGGAGUUUUAUCUACCACAGGCCAUUCAUCAAAUUUUAUAUUAUCUAUACUUUUGGAAUCCGCCCUGCCGGCUGAUUUUUGGAUUUUACGUGGCACCGCUUUGGUGUCAGGAGUAGCUGAUAAUAUUUCAUAAAUAUAAACAUUUUUUCAUUGUUAUUGUAAAUAAUUUAAAUAUUUUUAUUAUUAAAUAUAAAUAUUUUGUAUGUUUAA